AAACACAAGCAGUUUAGUGGCAGACAAAGCAGUUCCUGUGUUUGCAAAAGCAAUGUGAUUGAUACAAUCACUUCUGGAUUAUUUAGUUUGUAGGAAGUGAAUUUAAGGCGUGUUUCAUCUUUUGUUUCUUGUUGUACUAUGUACAGAGUGUCUGUGGAUAAUUAAGCUGUAUUCCAGUAGUACUUUUUCACACUAGCAGAACAUCCAGAUUGUUUUUUUUUUUGGCUGCCUUAACUGGACCUCUUCCUGACUCUCAGAGAGACUGUUUGCCUGGAGUUCUGCACUGGUGGAAAAGAAUUGAAAGCUAUCACUAUCCUUUAAAUAUGGCACUCAGCAAUGGGUGUUCUCCUGUGACGAGAGUAGCUAUAUUUGGAGGUACUCAUGGCAAUGAAUUAUCAGGUGUCUUUUUAGUUAAACACUGGCUAAAACAUAUUGGGGAGAUCACCAGAGCUGGAAUGGAGGUGACGCCAUUUAUUACCAACCCACGUGCUGUGGAGAAAUGCGUUCGAUAUAUUGAUGUUGACCUGAACAGAGUUUUUGACGAUCAACACCUUAGAAAAGAAAUUACACCAACCUUGCUCUAUGAAGUAAGAAGAGCUAAGGAAAUUAAUUGCCGAUUUGGACCUAAAGGUAGUGACCAAGCAUAUGAUGUGAUAUUUGAUCUUCACAAUACAACAUCACACAUGGGUUCAACCUUAAUCCUGGAAGAUUCCAAAGAUGAUUUUGUUAUACACAUGAGUCAUUAUAUCCAGAACUCCAUGGCCCCAUUGCAGUGUACUGUGCUGUUGCUUGACCACCCUGGCAUGAAAUACUCAACAACCCGCUCUAUAUCAAAACAUCCUGUUGGUGUGGAAGUUGGGCCUCAGGCACAUGGUAUUGUUAGAGCGGAUAUUCUAGACCAAAUGAGGAGGAUCGUAAAAUAUGCCCUUGAUUUUAUACAGUAUUUCAAUGAAGGUAGAGUGUUUGCACCAUGCAGUAUCAAUGCAUACCAAGUUCUGGAAAAGGAAGUAUACCCCAGGGAUGAAAAUGGUGAUCUUAUUGCAUGCAUUCAUAGUAAACUCCAGGACUGUGACUGGCAAGAAUUAAAUCCAGGUGAUCCUAUAUUUGUAACACCAGAUUGCAAAGAAAUAAUGUAUAAAGGAGAAUCAACUAUAUACCCAACAUUUAUCAACGAAGCAGCGUAUUAUGAAAAAAAUCACGCAUUUACAAAAACACAGAAAGUAACAUUACAGGCACAAACUUUGAGAUGUUCAUCAAUACAGCAGUGACAACAGAACCUGAUAUUUCCAUCUCUCAGAAGAGUAAUUUGUGUUUGGUGAUAGUGGAAAAAUGUCUACAUGUUUAAUCCAGUGGACCUACAAUACAACUUUUCAGUCCUUCAGCUGUUGUUGGUUACCUUUAGUUACCCAGCUGUCGUAGGGCUGCUUCUCAUGUGUUUUACCUUCUGAACUGCAAAACGCAGUCCAAAACGGCUAGACUUGUGAUUUUUUUUGUCUAAUCAUUGGUUUACUGUAAACUGGAGGGCUGCUGGGUAAAAUACAGAUAAUACCUCAGGAAGUAUCUAGGUAAAAUUGAUGUCCAUGAUGAAAGUAAUGCCCAAAGUAGUUGUGACCCCACAAAAAAUUAUAAAAGUAUAGCAUUGAUUGAACUAAGUUACAGUUAUGCAUCUGCAAAGCUCAGUCAUGUUCAUUUGAUUGUCAGUUAGCAUUAUGUAUCUACUAUUAAAGAGAUCUGCACGCUACAUGAGAUAAUAGACUUAAUUGAGCCAAAGAAAAUCAGAGAGCCCAGAUUGCAAUUGCAUUAGUCAAAGAAACAUAAAAUAUUGACAAACUGUACAGAGGAAGAAGUCAAAUUUUACCACAAAUAGAUGGAAUAAAAGUUAAAAAAUACAGAUGAUAGUUGUCAGAAAAUACCCCAUUAAAUAUUUGUACAGAACUGAAACUGUGGUUUCUAUGGGCUUAUAACAAAAACUUCCUAACAUGAUAAAGCUUUACAAUGCUGUAAUACGUGACCCGUCUUGUUUGUUACCUAGCAAGUAGCUCAAAACCCACCAUGCUUCUUUUCAACUGAUAAACCUGGUGAGUCAGCUUUAAUGCCCAACACUUGCAUAGGCAUGUUGAAUUAUUGCAUUGCAUGGAUUACAUAUGGUGCCAUUUUAGAUGACCAUGUGCACCUUAUACCAGAGAUAUUUUAUCCUUGUGUUUUCAUAUUUCUGAAUGGUAAUAGUCCAUACAUCUGCUUUAUAAAGCCAAGAAUAUUUUCAUCAAAAAGGCCAAUAAUUCCAUGGCCUCCUUCAUCACCAUAUUUUAACAUUAUUGAACCUUCACUGACAAUGCAUGACUGGACCACCAAGCCACACUUUCCCCCAAAUCCCCCCAUAAAGACACCAAUACCAAAUUAAGGGGAAGGCUUGGCCACAGCGUUAUUUAUUCAAACUGUAUAAUUGAGCUUGAAAUCCUUGACUGAAGUUUGUUGGACUCUGGUCCCCAAGCAAGUCUCCUAUAACCCAGAGUUCGGUUGCUGUCUAAUACAAACAACAGGAACCCCCUCUCCCAUUGUUCUAGCUUCCACUACUGUUAAUCCAGGUGCUGGCCAGGGCAGACUCCAAGGCUGUGACAAUAACUGAGAAACAAAACACACAAUCCAACAGGUAAG